AUGGACACUGGGAACUGGAGCCAUGUAACAGAGUUCAUCAUCUUAGGCUUCCCUCAUCUCCAGGGUGUCCAAACUUACCUCUUUGUCUUGCUGCUUCUGAUUUACCUCACUACUAUAGUGGGAAACCUGCUGAUAUUCCUGGUGGUCCACCUGGAUUCCCGACUCCACACACCCAUGUACCAGUUUGUCAGCAUUCUGUCCCUCCUGGAGCUUGGCUACACAGCCGCCACAAUCCCCAAGAUGCUGGCCAACUUGCUUAGUGAAAAGAAAGCCAUUUCUUUCUCUGGUUGCCUCCUGCAGAUCUAUUUCUUUCACUCCCUGGGGGCGACUGAAUGCUACCUUCUCACAGCCAUGGCUUAUGACAGGUACUUAGCCAUUUGCAGGCCUCUCCACUACCCCACCCUCAUGACCCCAGCACUCUGUGUCAAGAUUGCUGUUGGCUGUUGGCUUGGAGGCUUGGCUGGGCCAGUGGCUGAAAUUUCCUUGGUUUCCCGUCUCCCUUUCUGUGGACCCAAUCACAUUCAGCACAUCUUUUGUGAUUUUCCUCCUGUGCUAAGCUUAGCCUGUACUGAUACCUCUAUCAAUGUCCUGGUGGACUUCAUUAUCAAUUCCUGCAAGAUCCUGGCCACCUUCCUGCUGAUCCUCACCUCCUAUGUGCAGAUCAUCCGCACAGUACUUAGGGUUCCCUCUGCAGCAGGCAAGCAGAAAGCCUUCUCCACGUGUGCCUCCCACCUCACUGUGGUCCUCAUCUUCUAUGGGAGCAUCCUCUUCAUGUAUGUACGGUUGAAGAAGAGCUACUCGCUGGACUAUGAUCGGGCCUUGGCAGUGGUUUACUCAGUACUCACACCUUUCCUCAACCCGUUCAUCUACAGUUUGCGCAACAAGGAAAUCAAGGAAGCGGUAAGGAGACAGUUAAGGAGAUCAAGGAGUCUGAGCUAA